AUGCCUCCCAGAGUACCCGGACUGACCAAUGUAGGCACAUGGACCUUGUGCCUACGACCAGCUAUCAAACCGGCUUUCACGCCUUUGCUCCCCAUCAUCCAGUCCGCGAACCUCUCAAAAUGGGAGAAGAAGCGGCUCGCCAAGAGGGACCCAUACCGCUGGGCCCAAAUACAGCAACGCAAGAACGCCAACCUCCAACGCCAAGAAGAGCUCCAGAAGGAGCGUGACGAGAAAUGGGGAUCGCCCAUCUGGGGUGUUCCGACGCCCUUCACCGAGUCGUUCGAUUCCGCCGGCCAGGAACCGCUCUCCCGUGUAGCCAGGGACGAGGAGGGAAACCCCGUAGAAGAGCCCAAGAAACUCCCGACCUCUCCCCACAUCCUCAACCACCUCCUCUCCCGAGACGAAUUCGAACAUGCCAUCCAACACGCCUACACUAUGACUAAACCCGUCCUUGCGGGCGAGGGCCUGGACGAAACGGCCAAGGCCGAGGCCGAGCAGAAGCACGAGAAGAACCAUGCGCGUGCCGUCGAGGCCCUGAGGCGCAUCGUCUCCCUGGAUAACGCGAGCUCUAAGAUGCGCAAGCACGCGAAUAUCAGACGGUGCAUCGAGGAGUUUGGACGCCACAAUACCGACAAGAUCCUCACCCCCAAGCCUCAAUCGAUUCACAAGAACCCCGUCGAGAUGCCCGAGAGGUCCGGCCCUGAUACGGGAAGCUCUGAGGUGCAAAUUGCCAUCCUCACCGUCAAGAUCCGCAAGCUCGCGCAGGAGCUCGAGAAGAACAGGGGUUACAAGGAUAAGCACAACAAGAGGAAUCUCAGGGUACUCUGCCACCGCCGACAGAAGUUAUUGAGGUAUAUGGAAAAGAGGGAGAGGGGAAGCGAGAGGUGGACUAAUAUGCUUGAGAAGCUGGGGUUGUCGCCUGCGACGUGGAAGGAACAAAUCUCAUUUUAA